CUCUUGCUCUCCCUGGAUUGUGAUCUGAUCUGGAUUUUCUCUCAAUAUUUGUGAGACUGAAGUCAAUCAGGAAUGAAGGCCAUCAUCAUCAUCUUCAUCACUCUCUGUCUGAUCUCAGGUCAGGUUCUCUGUUUUAAAGUGAUUGGCUGCUCUGGAGGGAGUGUAAUGUUCAAGUGCAUGAACUCAAACCAGAAAAAGUCUUAUGGUCAGUUUAAAGGAAAGUAUUUCUGCAGAAACAGAAACAGAGACUGUAAACCUGGCAUCAGUACCGAGCUUCAGCACAGUUGUGUUAAUAAUGAGAGAUUCUCUCUGUAUGAUGAUGAAAACAGCAGAUUCUUCACAGUGUUUAUCAGGAACCUCAGCAGAGAGGAUGAUGGGAGAUACACAUGUGGAAACAAUCAGAAAUGUCAUGAUGUUGAGUUAAAGGUGAAAAACAAGUCUUCUUCUUGUGGGACGUCUGUUAUCAGAUCUGCAUAUAUUGGUCAAACAAUCACUUUCAGUUGUGAAUAUGAUCACAAGUUUGAAACACACACCAAAGUCUUGUACAGAGUGAACGGAGAUGCUGUGCUUGUGCUGAACAGCUCUCAAUCAUCACAAUCAUCUGAAGAGAAGUUCAUCCUGUCUGACAGUCAGAAAGAUCACUUUACUGUGACCAUCAGAGACAUUUCUGCAGAGGAGUGUGGAGUUUAUUUAUGUGGAGUGGAGAGAGACGGAGCAGAUAAACCACCUUCAAAAAAAUCAAAUACUCACAUAACCUUCAUUAAAGAGAUUGAGCUGAAUGUUCAUCGUCAGAUAACUUCUGUCCAGGUUGAGGCCUACAUCAGUAAAUCAGUCUUCAUCACGUGUGAAUUUCCAGAAGAAUUCAAAGAAAACAAGAAAUUCAUCCAAAUACAUUCAUCACAGAAGAUCUCUGUUGAUGGACAGAAUCAGUGGAUCCCUCUUGAUAAAGUUCACGUGUUUGAUGAUACCAGUGCAGGAGUUUUGAAGGUUUUUAUCAGUGAUUUAACUGCAGCUGAUGGAGGAACGUACAGAUGUGGAGUGAAUACUGCUGAUGAUCAUCUGUUCACUGAGAUCACACUGAAGAUCAGUCAAGGUGAUCAUUUUCGUGAAUCAAGUGAAUCAGUUGCUGUUAUUGGUGAAAGUGUGAAACUCAGCUGUAAUUACCCUGAGAAACAGCAGCUCAUCAAACACAUCUGUAAAGAGAACGAGGAGAAGAUCUGUCAGAGCAUCAGUUCAUCAGAGAAGCAGCGCUUUGAGUUUUCUGACAGUACAGCAGGAGUUUAUACAGCGAGCAUCAGUAAUGUGAGCCUGAGAGAUGCUGGAGUUUACUGGUGUGGAGCAGAAACCAGACACGAGCAUCUGACUUCUGUUUCUCUCACCAAUAAACAUCAGCUGACUUUAACCAUGCCUCCAGUGAUCGGACGUGAAGGAGAUUCAGUCGAGAUCAAAUGCCCUUAUGAUGAAAAACACACAGAAGAAGCAUGUCUGCGCAGUGGAAAGUGUUUGAGUAAAGAAGUAAAGUAUCUGUGCAAGGGGAAGUGUUUCACUGAAGAUGCUCAAAAUAUCAUUCGGUCAGAUGAAGGUCAUGUUAUAAAACCAAGGAUUUCAGUAAAGGACGACACUGAACUCAACCUCUUCACUGUGAACAUGACUGAGCUGAGAGCAGAGGAUGCUGGGAAAUACUGGUGUGCAGUGAGAGACGUGUUUAACCUUCCCCUUGAGCUCAUGAUCAUCAUGAAGGACGCGGUCAUUCAUGAAGCGUCUGUCGGAGGAUCAGCGUCCAUCAGCUGUAAACACAUCAGGAAACAAACACGGAAGUUUUUCUGCAGAGGAGAUCAGCCCAGUAUCUGCAUCAGAGACGGAGCUCGUGUUUCAUCAAAUAACAGAAUAGACAGCAGAUUCUCUCUGACUGAAGAAACCUCUGCUGGAGUCUUUACUGUGAAGAUCAGUGAUCUGAGAGCAGAGGAUUCUGGGAAAUACUGGUGUGCAGAGGAGAGCUCUGGGUCCUUCAUAUUCACUGAAGUUCAGCUACAUCUGACCAGAGGCUUUCCUGUGACAGCUGUGGUUUCUGUGGGUUUGAUCCUGCUGGCUGUGUGUUUAGUGCUCGUGUUGUUCAAAAUAAAACUCAGCAGCAAACACGACAUCAUUUCAUCAGACAGAAGAGAGACAGGAGAUCAUGAAACUGCUCAAGAAGAGAUUCAAGUCUCAGAUCCUGAAUCAACUAAUCUCUAUUCGACAGUUCAGUCACCCACAAAUCCCUCUGAUGGGCUCCUGUACGCUGCUGUCAGUUUCCAGAAGCAUGAAGAGUGUCGCAGCGACGCUACAGUCAGAUUCAGAAAAGAGGAGACUCACUGUGAUUAUGCAUCUGUCAGUCACAGUAUCACACCAAAAAAUUAUUAGCACUGGAUUUUUGUUUUAUACACAUCUUGUCAUUGAAAUAAUGACUGAGCUGCUUGUAACAAUCAUUCAGUUUCACUGAACAAGUUAUUGAGCAGUCAGCGACAUCUACAGGUCACUGUUGGGAACGAAGCGGAAAUGUUUCUCAGUGCCUUAAGAAAACAUUGAAAUCUAUGUGAACUGAAGACAGAAUUUUUUUUUUUAUCCUUUCAUAAAAGCGUUUUUAAUCUUUGGAAGCAUCAGUUUGUCAGAAGAGAAGCAUUAGGUUACGAACAUUAAGACAAUCUGUUAUGAGUGCAUGUGUGUGCAAGAAAAUAUUUGUAAUGACAAAGCUUAUCAUUAUAAUUGUAAGUGAUGUCAUGCAUAUGUCAGUUUGUUUUUAAAUGUAAUGUGCAUAUCAUGCAGAUAAUGACACGCUUGGUUUUAAAUGUGCUUUAUAAUUGAAAAAAAAAACAGCUUGCGCACUUAAAUUGCAGUGUGGGAUAUUUAAAAGCGUAGUUAAUUUUAAAUGAGAAAAGUAAUUAUUAACAUUGUAACUUGCCAAUUGCAAUAAACAAAAAAAUAAAAAUAAAAAAUAAAAAAAACCCUGCCAGUAGUAGUAAAUUAUAUUUAUGAUAGAGCCUGUGCUCUGCAUUGGAUUCAUAUAUUUCUAAUAUUCUUGUAUAUAGAUCUUUUAUAUAGAUCAAUUAUCUGCUAAAUGAAUA